UUGUUAGAACAACGAGAAAUACCGCCGAAGCCAUGCCUUAUGAUCCCGUUCGGCCGCGAUGCCGACUUUGUUAACCGCAAGACACUGCUAGACCAAGUGCACCAGGCACUGUCGAGACCAGGCUCCCGCGCUGCGUUUGUGGGGCUUGGUGGGGUAGGCAAGUCGCAACUCGCCAUCGAGUAUUGCUAUCGAACGAACGACGCAGCGAUACAGAAGGAGCCUACAUGGGUGUUUUGGAUCCACACAGAAACACGAGCGCGUGUUGACGAGGAUUUGAGGUUUAUCGCUGACACUGUCAAGAUUCCCGGACGAGGCCAACCUGACACAAACAUCCCGCUGCUUUUGGAGCAGUGGCUCCGCAAUGCGGAAAACGGGCGUUGGCUUUUAAUCUUGGAUAACGCAGAUAACGGCGACGUAUUUUUUGAUGCCGACCAUACAUCCAAAAACACCACCAAUGCGACCGCAGCGGCCAGUAAGAAGGGAAGAUCCCUGUCGUCUUACUUGCCGCAAUGUUCGCACGGGUCGAUUUUGAUAACAUCGCGAAAGAAAGAAAUUGCCGAAAAGCUGACGGGUGACCAUAAAAACAUCAUCGAGGUCCACCCGAUGAACGAAGAGCACGCAACUGAAUUGUUGCAAAAGAAAGCCGGCCACCAGCCUGACGUGGAAAACGUUGCAAGGUUGGUGGAAGUCCUUGAAUAUAUGCCUUUAGCGAUCACUCAAGCUGGGGCGUACAUUCGGCAGCGGGCGCCACGAACCUCUGUCAGCAAGUAUUUGAAGGAUUUCGAAAAGAGCGACCGACACAAAUUAAGCAUUCUGAAUCGGGACGAGGGCAAAGAUUUGAGACGAGACCGCGAGGCAUCGAACUCGGUGAUCAUAACCUGGCAAAUUUCGUUCGAGGCUAUUCGCUCGGAGCGGCAAUCAGCAGCUGAUUUGCUUUCCCUAAUGAGCUUUUUCGACCACCAGGGAAUUCCGGAGUCGCUGGUACGGCCACGUGACGACAAUCGUAGCCAAGAUGACAACGGAAGCAACCACGACAGCGACAGCAAUUCGUCAUGUGCCAGCAGCAAGUCUGACAACUUGUUUGAGCAGAGCUUUGAGGGUGACCUGGAAAUGCUCCGGAACUACAGCCUCGUUUUCUUAAACGACACAGGAGAUGUGUUUAGGAUGCACAGCCUCGUGCAAUUGGCGACAAGAAGAUGGUUGGAUACCGACGAAAAAUUGGAAACAUUCAAGGCCCAAUACACCAAUCGGAUAGCGGGCGAUUUCCCUACUGGUGAUUACAACAACUGGCCGACAUGUCAAACUCUAUUUGCUCAUGUCGAAAAAGCAAUAAGCCAGCGCCCCCAAAAUGACCAGCCACUACAGAAAUGGGCAACGGUACUAUAUAACGGCAGCUGCAUAUUGAUGGCUGGUCUAAUUUUGCUCAGCCAAGGGAAAUACAAAAAUGCCGAAAAGUUGUUUGUGGAAGUUAUGGAAACUCGCAAAGAGAAGCUGGCUUGA